GCAAGAUUAUGCAUAGACCAUCACAGGAGUGCAGCCGUAGCAAUGAGAGCGGCUGGACCAGAUGGUUUGGCAGUUGCCGGGACGCUGGACUGGCUUUUCCCCAUCGAGACGCCAGCUGCAGAGAGGGAGCUCACCCGUCCACUGGGUGUUCCGCCGAGUAGCGCAUUGACCACGUCGAAGCCAACUGGGAAGAGCAGGCCAGAUGAGCAAUGGAUUGGUCGAGGACACCUAGCAGGCAAUGCUGACUUGCUUCUCAAUGAGGAUCUCUUGGUAGACUUCAAGGCUGUGCCUUUGGUGAAGCGUGAGCUGAAGCUGAAGCAUACAGACGACCUGUUUCAGACCUUGUGUGACACUGCCGCCAUGAAGGCAGCUGGCUUCUCCUUACGCUGUGUGCCUAGCAAAGCACCAAACCAGGUUUUAGUCCCUCGUGGCAAUACCUUGACACUUGGCCAUGUAGUGCCAAAGCGAUGGAUUCUCCAUGUCUACUACGAGGCCCAUCGAAAAGGUGACGUUGAAGCAGCAUUGGCCAAAAUGGGCCACGAUAUCUCCCGAUGUGAAGAGAGUAUCGCUGCUGCUGACUCUAUGGAGGAGCUGCUGGCGCACAGACACGGCUGUCAACGAUAUGGCCUUUGGAUGCAGCAGGGCAGCGAAGAAAUCGAGGUCUCCAACGGCCGAACUUUGGAUGCUGAAAUGAAAGCCUGGCGAAUGAGCUACGAGGCCAGCAACAUGAAAGCCAUUGCAGGCCUGAAGUGAGUGCGAUGCUAAGCGCUGCCACAUGUACGAGCACCUCCAGGUGUUUGAGCCCAGAGCCCCUUGCCCUUCACACUACUUGCUUGCCGUAGGGUGGAUCACAUCUUCCCACAUCGACGGAAGUGCAUAGUGCAA